CUUUCGCAUGCGCGUGUGUUGUUUACAGGAAUGUCACGUUUCCCUCGUACAAACGCACAUUAAAUACAUUUGCAUGCAAAAGUGUUCCAUCAUGGAGGAUUCAGUGGAGGUCAUCCUUCAGGAUAAAAGUUGCAAGUUCUCACAUCACACUAAGCCAGGUGUCACAGCAGCCUCGGGAACUUUGCUUGUAGGGUGUUAUGGGCUCUGGACAUUAUUUGCACUUCCUGGCUUUCGGAAAGUUCCCAGAUGUCUCAAGGUGCCUUAUUUGCCCUCAUGUAGAACACAGACCCAGAAUGCAAUGAAACUCCUGCAAGGGAGAUCAGGGCGUCUGGCAGAUCUGGGCUCUGGUGAUGGGCGACUGGUAUUUGCUGCCACUGUAGAGGGUUUCCAGUGCACUGGCUUUGAAAUCAAUUCCAUCCUAACUGGAUAUGCCCGAAUCAAAGCAUGUUGGAAAGGAAUACCUCCCAGCACUGCAAGCUUUGUAAACCAGGACUUUUGGAAGACCGAUUUGUCCAAAUAUAACAAUGUGACUGUUUUCUUGGCACCUGGAGUGAUGGAGGUGUUGGGUAAAAAACUGGAGAGGGAGUUACCUGAUGAGGCUUGUGUGAUUGCCUGUCGCUUCCCAUUUCCCAACUGGACUCAUACAGUCACUGAGGGCGAGGGACUGGACCAGACCUGGGCAUAUAACAUGAGCACUGUACGGAAGCUUUCAACACAAGCUAUCAUUAGAUGAAGUGUAAACCACCUUACAUGGUGCAAAAAAGCUUUUUUGAGACUCCCAUGACAUGCACUAACAUUGACUGCAUUUAUAUGCUCAAAAAUAUUCUGAAAUUAAUCAGAAUUUGGUCAUAUUGCAAUUAUGUACACGUCUUGUAAACAUGUUAAACCAUUUGCCAUAACCAGAUUAAGUCAAUCAUCUGUUGUCUAGAAAUUUGAAUAAGACAGCUGGCAUAUGCCUGUAUUAAUGAGAAUUUUGCACCUGUAUCCACAGUUUUCCUGACAGUAUUCUUGAUGGUUUUUAACCACUGGGCAGCACCAUGAUGAUUCUGAUUGUUGCUGGACUGUUUUCUGAUUUCUGUCUCCUUAAAGAGAUAGUUCACCUCAAAAUUAAAAUUCUCUCAUUUACUCACCCUCAUGCCAUCCCAGAUGUAUAUGACUUUAUUUCUUC